GACAGAAUGACACCACGACUGCAGCUCUUCAUCACUUUACUGCUUCACUUUGAAGCAGGAAUCAGUGGUAGAUUGAUCUAUCUCCAUCACAGAGCUGGAGAUGACGUCGUUUUACCGGUUGACGUUGAUUCUUCACAUUACCAAUGUUCUGGUGUUGAAUGGAUUCAUUACAAAUAUCGAUAUAAAAAAGACAUUGUUCUUAAUGGAACUAUUGUGAAGAGGUCACCUGGAGCUGACAGGAUGAGUUUGAGCAGUAACUGCUCUCUGAUCAUCAACAACAUCACCGCUGAAGAUGCUGGUCGUUACACCUGUACGACUAGAUAUACCUACACACAUGUGUAUCUGAAUGUUUUAACAGUCUCUCCAUCUCCACCAGAUGUGGAUCCAGGAAGGGAUGGAGAUGUGACAUUACGCUGUUCUCUGAUGAAAGACUAUUAUUUGGAUCCCUGUGAGCAGAACAGCAUGAUCUGGGUGGAUGAGACAGGAAGUGUGCUGCUUGGUGAAGGUGAUGGGUUUGUGUCUGGAGGACAGAACAACUGUGUUUCUGAUCUGAUGGUGAAACAUCAGAGACGCUCCAAGAGAAGAUUCACCUGCCGGGUUGUUGAAGGAGACAGAGUGGAGAUAGAUGCUGAAUACACGCUGGACUUUACAGCGGAAACCGGCGUGAGAACAAUCAUUCUCUACCACAGGGUUGGAGAUGACGUAGCUUUGCAGAAUAACGUUGACUUAUCGUCUUCCACCUGCUCCAAUGUUGAGUGGAUUUACAGCAGAGACACAAGUUCAGUGUCUCAUGUGUUUGGUUCUGGAGGAGCUGAGAAGACGUGGCCUGGAGCUGGCAGGAUGGACAGGAAGUGCUCCCUGAUCAUCAGCAACAUCACCGCUGGAGACGCUGGUCUCUACGAGAGCCGGCUGAGGGACAAGUACAACACCGUUGUGUAUCUCGGUGUUUUAACAAUCUCUCCAUCUCCACCAGAUGUGGAUCCAGGAAGGGAUGGAGAUGUGACAUUACGCUGUUCUCUAAUGAGAUACAGUGGUUUGGGUCUCUGUGAGCAGAACAGCAUCAUCUGGGUGGAUGAGACAGGAAGUGUGCUGCUUGGUGAAGGGGAUGGGUUUUUGUCUGGAGGACAGAACAACUGUGUUUCUGAUCUGAUGGUGAAACAUCAGAGACGCUCCAAGAGAAGAUUCACCUGCCGGGUUGUUGAAGGAGACAGAGUGGAGAUAGAUGCUGAAUACACGCUGGACUUUACAGCAGGAACCGGCGUGAGAACAAUCAUUCUCUACCACAGGGUUGGAGAUGACGUAGCUUUGCAGAAUAACGUUGACUUAUCGUCUUCCACCUGCUCCAAUGUUGAGUGGAUUUACAGCAGAGACACAAGUUCAGUGUCUCAUGUGUUUGGUUCUGGAGGAGCUGAGAAGACGUGGCCUGGAGCUGGCAGGAUGGACAGGAAGUGCUCCCUGAUCAUCAGCAACAUCACCGCUGGAGACGCUGGUCUCUACGAGAGCCGGCUGAGGGACAAGUACAACACCGUUGUGUAUCUCAGUGUUUUAACAAUCUCUCCAUCUCCACCAGAUGUGGAUCCAGGAAGGGAUGGAAACGUGACAUUACGCUGUUCUCUGGUGAGAGACCGUUACUUUGGUCCCUGUGAGCAGAACAGCAUCAUCUGGGUGGAUGAGACAGGAAGUGUGCUGCUCGGUGAAGGUGAUGGGUUUGUGUCUGGAGGACAGAACAACUGUGUUUCUGAUCUGAUGGUGAAACAUCAGAGACGCUCCAAGAGAAGAUUCACCUGCCAGGUUGUUGAAGGAGACAGAGUUGAGAUAGAUGCUGAAUACACGCUGGACUUUACAGAUUAUACCGGAUUGAUUAUUGGAUGGGUGGUCCGGGGGCUGAUGGUGGUUCUGGUCAUCAUCGCUACGUUUCUCAUCAUUUACUGGAUGAAAGUUAAAAGGAACAAUCCCAGAAAUCAAACAGAUGUUCAGUUGCCAAUGCAGCAGUAUGUGAACAGGGAUGAAGAUGGUGAUGAUGAUGAUGAUGUGGUGAACUAUGAAAACGAUGAAGGCCUGCCUGCUUCUGUACGAUCCACUGAUCAAUAAAUCAGCUGUGUGAUGGAAAUGUUAGCGUUAGCCUGAUUACAGAGCAGCAGACGGAUGUUUGGUCUGUUAGAGGGAAAAUGGCUGGUCUGAAAGGCUUAUUUAGCUACUUAUUCAGUACUUAUUUAUUACUUAUUCAGAGCUAAUAACUGAACUCACUCCACUGACUCUCUCCAAUGGAAACCUGGAGCUGCAGCAGGCGGAUGUUGAAAAGGUCUUUAGAAAGAUUAAGACAAAUAAAGCACCAGGACCUGAUCAGAUCAGUGGACGCUUGCUGAAAGUCUGCUGCAGUCAGCUGUCUGGUGUUUUCUGCUCUCUCUUUAACCGCUCCCUGGCCGAACACUCUGUCCCAUCACUCUGGAAAUCUGCCAUUGUCUGUCCAGUAGCCAAAAAGACCAAUCCAACUUGUAAUAAUGAUUAUCGACCUGUGGCAUUAACAUCACUGGUUAUGAAGAGCUUGGAGAAGCUUGUUCUUUCUCAGCUUCAGGAAGAGCUCAGUAUGCGUGCUGACCCUCUUCAGUUUGCCUACAAGCGGCACAGGGGUGUGGAUGAUGCUGUUCUCACCUUGCUGCAUGAAACUUUCACUCAUCUGGAGAAGCCCAAGUCCUUAAUCAGACUGGUCUUUGUGGAUUUUUCUAGUGCAUUCAAUACCGUGCAACCCCACUUGAUGGGCAGGAAACUGUUGCAACUGGACACCAAUCCACAUCUGAUCCUCUGGGUCCUCUCAUUUUUAACAGACAGACAUCAAAGGGUUCGGGUCAAUGGUCACCUCAGCUCAUCAAAGUUACUUUCCACAGGAGCCCCCCAGGGUUCUGUUAUCUCACCGGUACUUUACACUCUAUACACAAAUGACUGUAGGAGUACGAGCCCUGGCAUAACAUACAUGAAAUACUCUGAUGAUACUGUUAUUGUGGACACUACCAACUCAGAGGGUCAGCUGCAGGCUGAGAUGAACAUUUUUACAGAGUGGUGCAGGCAGAACUGUCUGGACCUCAACAUUACUAAAACUAAGGAACUGGUUGUUGACUUUCGGAGAGGUCCAUCCAGCAUCCCCACUCUGUCUGUCAACAAUCAGCCUAUAGAGAGGGUUGACUCAUAUAGGUAUUUGGGGACAGUAAUCGACCACAAGCUGAACUUCCAACCUAACACUCAAUCCAUUUUUUCAAAGUGCCAGCAACGCCUCUUUUUUCUUAGGAAACUCCGUAAACUUCAAGUCCACCAAUCAGUUCUGACAGCAUUUUACAAGUGUUUUAUUGAAUCAGUUUUAACCUUCAACAUAACAGCUUGGUUCGGAUCCUUAUCUAACAUUCACCGUAAUCCAUUAAAUAAAAUUAUUACAUUGAGCAGCAAAAUCAUUGGACAGAAUCAGGAAUCACUGAUCAGCAUCUAUAACAGAAGGACUAAACGAAAGGGACAACAAAUAGCCUCAGACAUCACACACUCACUCUACAGUCAGUAUAAGCUCCUCCCUUCAGGUCACAGAUACAGAUCACUACAAUUCAGGACAAACAGAGCCAUGUCAAGCUUCGUGCCCUCAUCAAUCAGACUCAUAAACAGCUGAUCUUACCUAUUCACUUUUUUACCCGCUUUUAUACAUAUUUUUUAAAAAUCAUUGUAUUUAUCACGCACUUAACGGGGGACUUAUAUUUUUUUAUCUCUCUCUCUCUCGUAUUUUAUCUAUGCUAUGGUUUACAGCAUCUAAGUCCAGCAGUAUUUGUGAUUGCCCAAUGUAUGUUGCUUUAUUGAUUGUUUGGUUUGUUUCUGUACUGUCCUGUUGCAUAUGUUAUCUGUACACGCAAUGAUGCUGAUGCUUUUCCACAAAUGAAGUUCCUAACGGAUAAAUAAAGUUAUUUAUUAUUAUUAUUAUUAUUAUUA